CUGGAGUUCUGAGGUGGGCCCUGCGUAAUAAGCAACCUGCAGAAUAAGAGCAGCUGGUUUAGGUGACUGUGUCCGCUUUGUUGUUAUUACGCGGUGAACAAGUGAAGCAUUAUGGGCAACACAAGUGACAGGGUGUCUGGAGAUCGCCAUGGAGCCAAAGCCCACCGCUCAGACAGCAGCGGCAGUCACAAAGACCAAGAACCCAGCAGCAAGAUGGUGGACAGCACAGAUGACCCCAACAUCUUCAACACCCAUGGGCCUGAGUCCAAGGCAUUAGGAGAGAAAGAAUUCACCCCAGAUCUGGAUGACCUGGUGAAGACUGGUCCUCAGGCUCGACCCACUGUGAUCCGAUGGGCGGGUGGAGGGAAGGAGGUCUACAUAGCCGGUUCCUUUAAUAACUGGAACACAAAGAUACCACUAAAUAAGAGCCAUAACGACUUUGUGGCAAUUCUGGACUUGCCUGAAGGAGAACACCAGUACAAGUUUUUUGUAGAUGGGCAGUGGGUCCAUGAUCCCUCUGAGCCAGUGGUAACCAGCCAGCUCGGCACCAUCAACAACCUGAUCCAGGUGAAGAAGUCUGACUUUGAGGUGUUUGACGCCCUGCAGGUCGACUCUCUGGAGUGCUCAGACACAUCAGAUCUGUCCAGCUCCCCUCCAGGUCCAUAUGGACAGGAGCAGUACAUUUUCAGACCUGAGGAGCAUUUCAAAGCCCCACCGAUACUCCCACCUCACCUCCUUCAAGUCAUACUCAACAAAGAUACCAAUAUAUCUUGUGACCCUGCCCUGCUGCCUGAACCCAAUCACGUCAUGCUAAACCACCUUUACGCUCUCUCAAUAAAGGAUGGAGUUAUGGUGCUGAGUGCAACUCACAGGUACAAGAAGAAAUAUGUCACUUCUCUGCUCUACAAGCCUAUCUAAACCUCAGCUUGGGUGCGCCACAGUGCUUUUAGAAAGCAGCCUGUUUGUAUUCUGCUGUUUUUUUUUGUAUCAUCACAUUUAGCCAAAUUGUGCACUGAAACAAGUUUACAGGUGAGCUCAAGGCCAGUGGCUGUGACUGUGGCUUGUUUUUUUUGUUUUUUUUUAAAUAAAAGGUUGCACUUCUGUCUACAUAGGGCUCAGAACAAAAGUAGCGAAGUGUGUGUGUGGUGUCAGCGAGAGGUGAAAACCAUACUGUGGCUUUUACCUGUGACAUCUUCAGACAGAUGAGAGACUGACUAAAUCACUGUGUGUAUUUGAGUUUUUGCUGCACCUUGUGAUUAUAUGCAUGUUCGUGUUUUAAAAACAGGAUUGUUUUUGGUGCAUAUCUAUGCCAUAUGCCACCUUGGCAGGUAGGGGAUCUGUUUGAUGAAUGCUUUGAUUAAGUGAGGGAUUUUGAGUGUUUCUGGUGUGGAUCAACAGUUUGGUUUUAGGUGUUGUGUUGUCAUUUCCUCCUCCAACUGACUCGAUUGAGUUUUUAACUAAGUGACUUAACAUUUUUCUUGGAAAGUGCAUGCAGAAUCACAGAAUGAUUCGGUCAGGCCUGUAGUCACAUUGGAGGUGCUGACGAGAGCAGUGGACUGGGCUUUGCUUGAACAUGAAGUGCAAUAACCUGCUGAGUAAAGGUACUAAAUUUUGUUUAGGAGGCAGCAGAUGUCAGUUCAUAUUACAUAAGUUGAAUUUCCCACAAUUUCAGUUUUGUUAACGUAAUCAUCACUAUAGAUGGAGUACUUGUCUGCUUCAAGAGGAAAACCCUCUUUGGAUGGAGGAUAGUGGUCAAAGGUCAAUGUUUAGUUCUGUUGUUGCCUUUAUCUUGACAUAAUUGUGCAAGCACUUUACCAUCCUGUGAGCAGGAGUGUCGACAGAAGCUUUCAACUAUGCAGCACACAACUCUUGUACUGUAGUUUCUCUGGGCUAUAGAAUCCAAUUUGUGCUUUUUCUUUUUUCUUUUUUUUGAUAUGAUGAACUUGCAGUGCUUUUUAUGCGUGUGCAUCUGUACUGAGUUGUGUUUAUCAAAUAGAAAUGUACUGUAUGUAUCUGUUACAUGUAAAGUCAUACACAAAGCCGUGUUCACUCAAACCGUUUCAACUUGCUGCUUUGCAUGCAUUGAAUGUAACUUCAGAGGAUAUGGCACGCUUACUGAGUGUGGUCCACAUUCAGAAGCAGACUGAGCGCAAACGCACAUUUUUGGAGGAAUCAACAGGGCUAUGGGGAUGAAUAGCUGCCAUGAAUUUUAAUGUUGUACAAAGUUUGCUCAUGUAUGUGUGCUCUAUAACCAUUUAAGCUCAUCUGUAUUUUGAGGUAUGGUGGCUUUAAAAGUUAUUUUUGUCUCUUGUAAGUCGUGCUGUUUAAUUGUCUGCACUGGCAGUACAGUAUAUACCCACAGUGGAUACACUCUACAGAACUAUAAAAGGGGCUUUCAUGAAUCCUGUCGGUGAUCAGCUAGACAACUUUAGUGAAUGUCGAGCCUAGCCAUGAAGUUUUGUCCAAAGAGUUUUUAAGACUUAUAUAGAUAUGAUAAGGGAGUACGGACAAAAGCUGUGGAAGUGGUGAUUUAAGGCUAAAACCAAAACUUGAAUUUUACAACCGUUUCAUGAAUGUUUUAAAAUGCUUUGAAGAAUCAGUGUGAAGAUCCACUGUACAAUGUUUUACUUGUUUGCAAAUAAAGAGAGGACACGCUGG